UUUGGUUAUGGUAAAAAUUUACUAAAAGAUUGCGAAUUUGCUUCGGUGCUUCUACUGCUGCAGAGGAAGAAUGACGAUAUUUCGGCUCGGCAUCGUCUGUUAUUAUCAAUGUACGAUGAGACAACUUUGCUGCCACCGAAAACUGCUGCGAAUAGUAGCGAACGAAAAUUGCCAUGGAAUGAAUUGCCACCAAAAGAAUCAUCAUUGUCGAAAGAACUCUACGUCUAUUUCUAUGAAUUUGUGGUGGCACUUCGACGCGGCCGUGUUGAACAGGCACGAAAAAGUUACGACUUCCUGGAGAAGCAUUUCAAUAUGAUGUGCAGUAAGUUGGCAGUGCGGUUGUUGGAGGAUGUGAUGCAUCGGGGAGGUCUGGAUAAGAGAGGUUUUGCUGAUAAAUUCUUAUCAUCCUAA